AUGUCUCCUAGUCGUCGUACACCUACACCAUAUGCUACUAGCAGUUCUACAUCAUCAUCAUCGAAUAAUUCAUAUAGACCUCGGAUUAGAAGAUCGUCAUCUGUUACUUUACGUCAAUUAGCUGUACACGAUCUUGAUGAACCUCAUUCAAGAAUUUGGAAUCAAUCAUCAUCAAGGCAAGAAGAAGUAUUUCGAAUUUCAAGACCAACCCUUAAUAUACCACGUUCAUCAAUAUAUUUACCUAAUGAUAAUUUAAUAUGGACACCUAGUGUGAGACCUAUACAUGUCGAAGAUCUUUCUUCAUCACCUAAUUCAACUUCAAGAAUACAUCUUUUUGAUCAACCAUUCUCUCAAAUUGCACAACCACCAAUUCCAUCUCCGCCAUCAAUUCAAUAUCAAAUUGUACCUAUUCCUUCUGCUCAACCUUCACCAAUUUAUACUCUUCGUCAUAUAAAACGAAAAAAAAAAUUUAAACAAGAAAGAACUCCAGGUCUAUGUACAACUUUAUGUAGUGGUGGUUUUGGGACAUUUGCUGCGCUUAUUUAUUUAAGUUGUUGUCUUGCUUUACCAGUAACAAAACUUGCAUUGGGUAUUCGAUAUAUAAAAGAUUGUCCCGUUGAUAAUAAAAUUCCAUUGUAUAUGAUUGUAUCUGGUGCUUGUGGUAUAGGUAUUAUACUUUUUCUUCUUCUUUCAUCAACUUGUACAUUUUAUCGAUCAUCAAUUGUUGCAAGAAAAUCAACUCAUAAAUUUAUGAUAUGUACUAUUGGAUUUGCACGUGGUAUGCAAGGUAUUAUAGCUAUAUUUCUUAUUAUUUGGUUUUUCGUUGGAAAUUUUUGGGUAUUUGGUGCUCGAUAUCGUCUUCAAACUAAUAAUCCAAACGAUAAUAAUUAUUGUCAUCCAGUUCUUUAUUGGUUUGGAUUUUAUGUACUUAUUUUUACUUAUGUAUUUGCUGUUAUUUUGUGUUUCUUAAGAUUUUGUGCAAAUUUUUUUUGUUGUCGUGCACAUGAUAUAUGGAAGAGAGCUUUUACAUAA